UUUGAACUUUCGAAGCGCAAUGUAUGAGUCCCGCGUUACUUUUGCGAUGAAUUAUUGUUUGGCAUUCAAAUUAACUUGGAUACUAUUCUAUCGUGUACAUGCUCUGAAAGAUGAAUCUAACAAUCUAUUCAACGGUUCUUCAGUUAGUAUCGGGAGAACUACUAACAGCCAUGUUAAUUUGUCAAUCCUUAAAUCCAAUUUUCCUACAUUGGAUUAUGUUUUCACAUCUGUUAAUGUUACACCGAAAUCAGAGCUUACAACACCAAACGUCACCGUUAUUUCCGAAGAUAUGUCGACUACCAAACUUUCGAGUUCUACUAAGCAGUUGGAUAAAUUUUUAUCAGAGAAAACUACAGAGGUUAGACGUAUAACAACUGGAACGCAUACUAUCCAAGAGGAAGAAGUUGCUGAAAUCGAUGAGUUUAAAAAAAACAAAUUAGGCGAAAGCUCUAUCCAUUCAAGCGAUUCACAUGCUGAUCUAAUACAAGAGCCACGAAGAAAAGAUUCCGAGGAUAGUGGGCCACAGAUAGAUCCCGGACAAUCUAUAUUUGACAGAAAGCAUUCUGCCGAAUCUGAGUCUAAAAAAUCCAACGGAUUCAUAUAUCAAGGCGACUCUGGUACUGUAGUUCACGAUAAAUUAUAUACUCCCGAUAUAUCCGUGAGUUACGUCCUCGUACUAUGUUGCAUUCUAGUUGUGCUUAUUCUGUGCAUUUGGAAACCUCUUUGUGUAAGUUCUUAAGUUCAGUUAUUUAGCCAUUUCUAUUGGUUGUAUGUCGACUGUAUUAUGUUCCUCCACUUCAUUAACAAUAAGUUCGUUAACUUACUCUAUUUGUCUCAUGUGAUCAAUAGGUUACACCUUUUCCCAUUUUUUUCAAAACAAUUAACAAAAGAAAUACUAAGACAAAUUGUCACAACUCGGUGCUAUUGCAUUUGGAAUCCACAUGAGUACAUCUAUAUUGUACCAAACUAUAAUAUUGAAUAAAGCCAUUAAUAAUGAUAAUAAUAAAAAGUAAAAUAUUGGAUCAAAACAUAGAUCGGAGUAUAAAGUUCAACGUCCAUAUUAUCCGAAUACUUUAUUUACAAAGUUCAGUGAAAUCUAUGGGGUGUGGCCCCCUAAGAAAACCACCUGCUUCGGUUUGGGCACCCGGGCAGUAUCACAGCCCACACACACAAAUAUGGUGUGGCGCAUAUAUAUUUGGUGCCCUCUUGUACCGAUAUUUAUGUGUUGAAAUAAAUGGUUAACCGGCUGUUAUUUCUAACCUGUUAAAAAAUCGGAACAAUAAUCAGUGAAUCAAAAGACAGCUUAUUAUUACGACCAUAUUAAGAUACCAUAAAAUCAUUCUUUUAUAGUUAUCCAAUAAAGAUACCUAAACUAAAGCUUUAACCCGUAGUUAAAUGCCUCAUUAUAUAAAAGUCUAGGGAAUGUAUCUAGAAUUCUUUACAUCUCUAAGUAUUUUCACUUGUGUUGUUUUGUGAAGAAAUUUGUAUAAAGAAACUUUGUUCUUGGUAUCUCAGGAAUUUUUCAGUUCCAAUAAUUGAAUUAACUUUUAUCAGGCAUCUGCAGUGGAGCACUGUUAAUAAUCUAUAUGCGAUUAGACUGGAACAUGUCUAUUCUAUUGUUUUUCACCGGUUACUUUCUCUGUCUAAUUUACUUGUUUCUAAAGAAUCCCUAAAAACACAUCUCAUGAAGUAGAAUAUUCUCUUAAUUUAAUAUGCUACUGAAUAUACUAACUUCCUUCAGUAACGUAAUUCUGUAUAUGCACAUAUUGUAACUACCGUGCCUAAUUCAGAUUUUAUUCUCACCCUAUCGUCGCGUGUAAUUGGGAUGUGUAUGUAUGUGUGCACUUUAGUUUUUGAUCCUAAUAAAGCUCUACCUUCAUUUUCUGUUUUAUUUUGCUUUAUAAUUAGUUUGUCUUAAUCUUUUACGGAUAAAUGACAGUAAUGCUGUUUAUUCAUUAUCCGUUAGUUCCGCUAUAGUCUAACGGUGUUGUUUAUUUUAACUAUUUAUAAGAUUUUCAAUUCCUCUAAAUGGUUGAACUAAUUUUGUUCUGCGUUUUACACAACUGAAAACGUAAUAUUAUUCCAAAUGUAUUUGUAUGUACAGUAACAUCUAACGGUAGCCUUUGGAAUCCUCACUUUUUAGUUAACGUAAACAUCUAUUGAUUAUAUUUGAUCAAUCACUGUACCUGAACCGUACGAAUAUUCCUUUGCCGAUGAAAAUUUUUGAUCGUCGACCUUGAAUUAGAAGGAUGAAGCAUUCUGUAGACAUAUAUGGUAAUGUUUUCUCCAAAGAACACUACUACUGUUGCUGUUGGAAUACUGUUUUCCUAAGCACCGAAUUUCGAUUUAAACAGCCGAGUAAUAGUACUACCAGUUUACCACUAAACUCAAAGCUGAGUGUAUAAACUUGUGUCUAGUAAAUGAAUUACACUAUUACUAGUUCAUUAAUUAUUUGUCAGAAAACCAGACUAACCAUUCUCAAGUCCAGGUAAGCAUUUCUGCGAAGUGUAAUAAAUAAAAUUCAGAAAAAUUUCGUGUUUGCUUAACAAACCUUAAGCACAAGUAAUAUUAAUCGUUUAAUCAGUGUACUAUCCAUGGGAUAAACGAAUACAAACAGUAAAACUAAGUGUUUGAUAGAUAUAUGUAAAAAAAUCGUUUAAUAAACUGAAAAAGUAAUAGUAAGGUAACACCGGUAAAUUUAAAGAGAGUUACCCUCUCCGUGUAUAAUGAUAACUCGAGACCACAAAGUUGAAAUCACAAGAAUAUUAUUUUUGCGGACAAGGCGAUGUUUUUCUUAGGGCAUCUUUAGAAUUAACCAUAAUCGUAAUGUCAUUAAAAUAAGUUAUUUCUGUUUUAGUAAACAUAAAGAUGUUGAUAUUACCACUUACUUGAUUGAAUCAUAAUUCUUAAUCCUUUUCCAAUGUCGACGAUAAUAUAACAGUUGUAUAGUGAAUGCUUUUCGGUUCGCAGAACUAUUUUACUUUAUCCCAGUUAAUAAUCCAUAAAUCAUUUUGACGCAUGAUAAUUCUUCAUAGCGACUUUGUGCAUUGACUAAUGUACUGUGAAUAAUAAAGGCUAAACUCAUAUUACUCGUAAUAAUGUAAUGUUGUUUCAAGUAUAUUGUUAUUCAAAAUUAAUAUGAAUUGCCACUUAAACAGUGCUUUUGAGAUAAAGCGACUUCGAGUUAAAAAGUGGCAUUCUGCUUGCACAAUAUUUUACAUUGGUUAUGUAUUUUCCAUUCUUAUCCUGUAAUUUCACUCACAAAUAUAUGCAAAAACGUAUGGGGUGCAAUUUAAAGCUGAGUAUGUAGAAUUUAUAACUUAUAACUGGUUUGCCAGACACCUGUUUAUCUACAUAGUAUUUAAUUUCAUCAUAAGAGUUAGAGAUACUUCCAGGUUAUUGGGACCGAAGUAUAUGAAAUGGGGCGUACACGUUCAAUCAGCUGCUGGAUAUUCGAGUGCUUUAGUCAUUAGACAAUUACCCCAUAUCCAUCUCCUAGAUGACCACACACAAAACGAACUUCAUAGAUCAAGUUACGGAAAAAUUACUCAAUACUUCACCGAUGUUUAGAGUGUCGACUCUUGAGAUAUAGCAUGCAUCAACAGAACUACUUUUCAGAGUUUUAGGCAACAAUACCUUUUAUUCAACCUGUAUUAAAUUGCUAACAUUGGGAGCGGUAAGCUCGAAGGGCCACCAAACUAUAUUGUGAAUGAAAUCGGCAUACCAUUCAAAUUACGUCGACUAUUGCAAGCUAAAUGUGACACACUUAUGUAUUAAAGAUAAAUAGUUAAGUAGUAGAGAGAGCAUUGAUACAUUCGUUUGGUUUCAGUCUGCGAUAACUUCGAGUAAGCAGCACUCUACACUCAUCACUUUUCGAGGAACCGAGUCAAAUUUUUUCAGGUCUUACUCAAUGAAGCGUUAUCACUGAGUCCCAACCCAUCUUUGUAACUUAAAUCACGUCGCUAAUGAAGUAGUUAUCCACUGAUAACAGCGGAUAUUUUUCGCGCUACAUAAUAAUUUGGCCAAAUUUGGAGAGAUAAACCUCUGAAUGUCAACUCAGUAGCCUAAAAUGACUGUAUUUGCAGCUGAAUCUGAUACUCCUGAGUUGGAUUUCGUAUGGAGUGGUUAAUGAGCACGACAUGAGGCUGUUAAUCAACCUAGGAAAAAAUAGUUGUCUAACCCUCGAUGGUUUUUUAAAUGGUAUCCUUCGUAAUGCAAGUGACAUUAUUAGAUCUAAUUCAUAUUUAUAGAGAUAAUUUUUGUUUCUUUUUUAUUGUAAUAAUUACUCUGCUAAUUGAAUAAAUAAUAGUGUUUAUUUGUUCAUUCUUGAACUGUGUAUUUUACAUGUUUCAGCAUAUAUUGUACAAUAUAUACGGUGGGUGUUGUUCACGUUCUCGUGUUAGUAGAAUUGAUCUGAAUAGCAAAGUGGCAUAUCGUCAUUUAAAUACAGAGGAGUUUUAAAUCCGUUGAUACUAUCAUUGGACAUAUCAUAUUACUUGUUGCAUUGGAUAUUUAUUCGUAUAUACACGAACAAUUUGUUUCUUUUACAUGUAUGCAUCACACUUGUUCUUUUUCUCACUGUUCACAAACAUCUCUCACUUAGUUGUUGUUUAGAAUUCUUUUAUAUUCCUCUAAAUUAUUUUGUAUUUGAGUAUGAUAAAUAUAUCGUAGGUCAAAUUUGAU